AUGCUGGACAUUGCUGACUAUGCUGUGAAAAGCUGGUUUGAUGAAAGAGCUGAUUAUAGUUAUCACAGCAAAUCUUGCGCCCCGAAUAAAGAAUGCGGCCAUUACGUCACGAUGGUGAACUGGAAGGUCUACCGAAUCGGAUGCGGACUGACGCAAUGCACCGGAACGGACAGCGUGAAGACCAAUUACGAAACUGGCUUCGCCGUAAAUCCCCUCAUGAUGGUUUGCGAGUACUCUCACUCACCCAUUGUCAACUUUCCGCCUUACAUCGUCGGGCCAAAAUGCACCAGUUGCUUUGGAUGUGGGCAUUUCUCCUGCGCCGAAGAGCACAUUCAGGACGAUGUUAACUGUGGAGUUCUAAAGAAGCACACGAAUUUGGAGUGCUCGGGCGAGUCUUGCUUUGACGGAAUGUGCAUAAGCCCGCUGAGAGAUUUUAAAUUGGUCAAAGAACUCACUGGAAGAAUCAUCCAAAAAUCGGCUCUUCAGCGGACGAUCGAGCCAGAAACAAAAGGCAAAUUCACGUCCACGGAAGUUCUAGAGCUGCUCGACUGCGUCAACAACCUCCGCUCCAGCGUCAAGCCGCCUGCAAAAAACCUCCCUCAAAUCAGCUGGUCAAACGAUCUCGCUCAUAAAGCAUCCGAAGUGGCGGAAGCCUCUUGCAAUGGAGAGAUAGACUCGGUCGAGGAAAUAAUUGGAAUGGGUCUCAACGCGAACAUUGCUUUUUCAAAAAUCAAGCCGAGGAGUGUUUGUUCGGCAGUGAGUUUUUGGGGCUCCGGGAAGAAAAUUUACAAGUUCACGAAGAAUAAAAAAGGGUCCUUUUGCAAAAUGAAAUCCCCGAAAAAAGUCUCUCCGAAAAUCACCGCUCGGCAACAACAACUCAAAAACACCUGCAAAGACUACGCCAGACUCAUUUCUGUCAACGGCUCUUCUAUCGGCUGCUCCCAGCUUCAGUGCGUCAAUUCAAACUCUUGGAGAUUCGUCUGCGUCGUCCCUCAUACUUACAGCGACUUUAAAAAGCCUUAUGAUAAUGGAAAGUGGUGUGCUGCUUGCUCGGGAAAACUUGCGGGAUUAAAAGCGACAAUUUUCGAAGGAAAUGACCAAAACUGGAGACAUAGAAGAGAUUACUCAGACAUCGAAAACAGCGUUGGGAAUUUUCUCGACAAUCUCGACUUUUUUCUCGGAAAAUUCGAAAUCAUCAGAAAUAUCCUCAAAGAUAUCCGUUACACCUACUUCAUCUUGAAGCAAGAUAUAAUUCUAAUUCAAGAGGAAAUUCAGGGACUGUCGGAAAAAGUAACCGCCAUCGAUGUGACAAGAAUUAUGGACAUGUGCAUCAAAUUCAUCGACGAUUUGAUACUGUACUUCGACGUCAUUCUUCAAGGCUGGGCCGACCUACUGGAGCCGUGGAUUAUCUUCGACAAAAAUACAAUUAUGGGAUAUCUUAACUACAUUCUUCAGCUCACCACUCUUCUCAGCGCUUCUGCGACAUUCAUCGAGCUGAUCGCGAGAAUUCUUCAAGCAAUAAAUGACCCCGGAUCGAGUAUUCUCGAUAUUUUGUUGGAUUUUCUUGGCGAUUUCGACAGCAUCGGUGGAAUUAUCGACGGACUACUUCCUCAAAUUGCCCAAAAUCUUGGCUGA